GAUCUGUUCUGCAAAGGGGACAGCAAGGUACCUUUAGGCUAAAGGACUCGGCGUCCAGUAUUCUAGUUGAAGAUCUAAAGAGAAAGCCACCUUGCUGCCACUAUGCCUAACUUUUCUGGCAACUGGAAGAUCAUCCGAUCGGAAAACUUUGAAGAAAUGCUAAAAGCUCUGGGGGUGAACAUGAUGAUGAGGAAGAUUGCUGUGGCUGCAGCCUCCAAGCCAGCAGUGGAGAUCAAACAGGAGAAUGAUGACACUUUCUACAUCAAAACCUCCACCACUGUUCGAACCACGGAGAUUAACUUCAAGAUCGGGGAGGAAUUUGAGGAGCAGACUGUGGAUGGGAGACCCUGUAAGAGUUUGGUGAAAUGGGAGAGUGAAAACAAAAUGGUGUGCGAACAGAGGCUUCUGAAGGGGGAGGGCCCCAAAACCUCCUGGAGCCGAGAACUGACCAAUGAUGGAGAGCUAAUCCUGACCAUGACAGCAGACGACGUUGUAUGCACCAGGGUCUACGUCCGAGAGUGAGUGCCUAUGUCCAAGAACUUCUUCUGGAGGCCACAAACCUCCCUCCCAUGUCCAUUUUACAAACUAGCUCUCCCCUUACUCCUGAGGGUCACUCUCUAUGCCAGAGAGGGGCAGACUACCAAAGCUCAGAACCCUUCCAUUUGCCUGGUCAGAAGUCCCAGCUCCAUACCAGGAUCCUUCCUGGAAGAGACUGUCUCUCUGGCCUCUACUCUUUAUCCUUGUAGUCCAAGUGAUUUAGAAUAUUUAUUGG